AUGGCCUCCUCGCCGAGACUGGAUGAUCUGCACAUUUUAUCAGAGUUUGAAGAUGAGGAGCGCAAGGCCCUGAUAGGAGAAUUUGUGCGGUCGUACGAGUGGCUUUCCGAGGUCCCUCGCGUGAGCAUGUUUGCUCUGUGGUUCAGCGACAUCAACAUCCUGAGGAAGGCGGCGGGUCCGAAAGCAUACCCAGAAUUCUCUGAAUCGCGAGCACUAUUAGCAUCUGCAAUUCCAGCUUACGAUAUCGCUGAAAUUUUCCAACUAGGGGCCGACUGCGAACAGGCUAACCAAGCGCCCAAGCGAAUGGUGCAAAAGCCAAGCAGCCAACCCGAGUUUCCUGAGCAAGAUCCCAUAGAGCAGGCCCUAGUCCGCGACAAUGAGGAAUAG